AUGACAAAUAAACGGUUUGGAUGCGAAAUAUGCCACAAGCAGUUCUCCAGAGUAGACUAUCUGAGCCGCCAUCUUGUCAACCACGAUGCUGUCAAGCCUUAUCCGUGCCAGCAGUGCAACGUCGCGUUUGCUCGUCGAGACCUGCGAGAUAAGCACCUGAAAUCAAAGACUCAUCAGCGCAGAAUUGAGUAUUUGCGGGCGCAAGACGGCGUAUCUCACGAGCCACAAACUUACUCUACCACCGCAGAAAAGCCUCCAGAGCGGUCGCCUGAUAGCUACAGAUGGCUUUUUGGGGACUACGAGUACGAUCAGUCGGCCUCGUCUUUGGACGAGCCGCAAAUGGAGCCAGUAUAUCCGGACUUUUCCAUCAUUCCCGAGCCAUCGUUGACCCGCAAAGACAUAUACAGUGAGGAGACAAUAGACAUGUUGCUGGGGAUGCUCCAGUUGCAGUCAUUGAGAACGUCUCUAAGUCCCAUGGCUGUGUCGUACUUUGCUGACUUAUUUUGGAGCAACUUCGACACCAACUAUCCAAUCAUCCACAGACCGUCGUUUGGCUGUCAUAAGCAUCCAUUUCUGCUCACUCUAGUCAUUGUGAUCGGAAUGGCGUACUCAAAAUCCAGCUCAAACAUGGACAUGGCCGUCCGAAUACAGCGCCGGCUGCUGAAACUCCAAAUGAGCCUGCUGUGCGACUCCCAGGACCUCAAGCUGGAGCUUAUGCAGUCGUUUGCUCUGACCUGCUACUUCUGCUCCAACAUUGGCGAUUCUGGUCUACAGAAACAGAUGCGGCUCUUUCAUGCCACCAUCAUCGGAGUAUUGGACGUUCCGAGCCUCACACGGUCGUUGCAAGAGCCGCAGCUUUCUGAGCUCGACAACGUCUCUCCUGCGCAGCUGCACGAGCUGUGGCAUGACUGGAUACAGUAUGAGUCCCGCAAACGACUCGCCUUCUUCGCAUACAUCUGCGACUCGCAGCACGCGUACCUAAACGAGUGUCAUGCUCUAAUUUCCAUAUUUGACCUGCAGCUCGACCUUCCAUACACCGACGCCGUCUGGACGGCGUCCGAUGCAAACCUGUUUAUGUCGGAGUACUCAAAACAGCCGAGGGAGCUGAUUCCACGAAGAAGACAGUCGGUGUCCCUGCAGAUAGAAAACUCAAUCAAUAUCAUGCCUCAUAUCAAGGAAGAAGGAAAAUGGCCCAAUUUUCUGUUUUCGCUCAGACGUCUGAUGCAGCCGUAUAAGGACCACCAGAAAGAGUACAACAUGAACUGCUUUUCGCAGUUUUCCAGGCUGAUCUUCUUGCAAGGCCUAAUCAGCAUAACGUGGGAUCUGCGAUGGAAGGGGCUGCAGGACCUGGGUAUUGUGUCGAACAAGAAAAUGAGCGCUCUGGUUUUGAGACUCCAGGACGCUUACAAUCAAUGGCGCGAGUACUUUGACUUCCAAAUUCUGACCACCAACAACACAUUCCUAAAAAAGGACGACUCGCAAAGUACCACACUGGCCCAUUUGAACAGGUACGACACCUCGCCAAUAUUCUGGAAUAACCUUACUCAAUACCAAUUUGGGCUUCUUCUGUUGCAUGUCGACACGUUUGCGGUGUACAAACUGGCCACCCAGUACGCAAAUGCUGUGUCUCGAGAGAACCCAUAUCCGCGAAUCAAUGUGCCUACCAAGAUCCGCGCUUGGAUCCGGAGCCCCAGCUCACAGCUCUCGCUGAACAACGCCUGUAAGCUUUUGCGGACUGUGUUUCUGAGCACAGGAAUCAUUUCUUCCAUUCCCCAUCUGGCAGAGUACGUUGCCACGUCGUGUCUGGCUCUCUGGUGCUAUGAGACAUUUAGAGAGGACAUCCCGGCUGGAGUCAAACAGAGCUCGUUCCCUAAUCCAAUCAGAUAUAUGCACAACGGAAUGGUCAGCCAAAACAUCACCAAGGAAGAUACGUUGCAAUAUCUGAAUCUGAUCAUUGAAAAAGAGGAAUAUGGGGGCCGUGAGUACGAGUUCACGAUCCGCCAGCAAUACAUCCAAGGCUUGCUUUGCUACUUUAGUCUUUUGUUGGAUCUCAACGAGUGGAAAAGCUUGAAUAUUAAUGGGUCUCUGCUUAGACAGCUGGUGUUUAAAAAGUACCAGCAACAAUAA